AUGCUAUCAUCUUUAUUGAGUACAAUUAUUGUCAUUGCUAUUCUGCUUAACAAAGCAAGUGCUCGACGAAGAAAAUGUCCAGAUGGAUUUUGGAAAGACGAUGCUAUCAUUCAAGCAUUGAUGAAAAAUUAUACCAAAAUAUUGCCUGAAAUUGAAGAUGCUGUACAAGUAGACGUUGAAAUUCAUAUUCAGGAUAUCUCAACAUUAAAUGAAAUUACGGCUGAUUUUAAUGUUGAUAUUUUAUACACUCAAUUAUGGAAUGAUCAAUCAUUAAGUUUUGCUAAUUAUAAAGCUUGUAAACGAGAUAUAACAAUGGAUUCCAAAUUUUUAUCAAAUAUUUGGACACCAAAUACAUGUAUAAUUAAUGCAAAACGAACAAUAAUACAUACUUCACCUACCGAUAAUAUUAUGGUUAUAUUAUAUGAAAAUGGUACUAUAUGGGUUAACUAUCGAAUGUCUGUGAAGGCGCCUUGUGAUCUAGACUUAAGAAUAUUCCCCUUUGAUACUCAAUCUUGUACAUUAAUAUUUGAAUCAUAUUCACAUAACAACGAUGAAGUAACAUUACGAUGGAUGGAUAAUGCGAUUACGUUAAUGAAACCGGUUCAAUUACCGGAUUUCGAUUUAGUUUGUUAUAGGUUAAAUAAUGAAACAAUACUUUAUCCAAAUGGUUAUUGGGAUCGACUUCAGGUUACUUUUACUUUUAAACGACGCUAUGGAUUUUAUAUCCUACAAGCAUAUAUACCAACUUAUUUAACAAUUGUUGUUAGUUGGGUUAGCUUUUGCAUGGAACCUAAAGCAUUACCAGCUCGUACAACAGUUGGUGUAUCAUCACUUCUUGCACUUACAUUUCAAUUUGGUAAUAUUCUCAAAAAUCUUCCACGUGUUUCAUAUAUUAAAGCUAUGGAUGUAUGGAUGCUUGGUAGUAUAAGUUUUGUUUUUUGUACAAUAGUUGAAUUAGCUGUUGUAUGCCUGAUAACACGUUGUUUUGGUGGAAAUUUGAAGAAAAAAAUAACACGAAAACGACGUGGACGUCGAAAACGACGAUUUGAUCAAUCACAACAUUUAUUCUUUCGAUCAUCAUCACCAAAUCUUAAUGGUGGUAUAUAUCAUCGUGAUAAUUAUUCACCCCAAACUUAUCCAUUAUAUCCAUUAUCAAAACAACAUGGAAAGCCUAAAAUGAGGACGAUCUCAAAGCAAAUCUUUCGAAAAUCACCAUCACCAACGUUAAUUAUGCAAAAUUUAGCCCAUUGUAAGCAUAUUUCAGAAUCUGGAAAUUUUGAUAUUAUCACAUCACCAACUACCGAAAGAGUAUUGGCAUUAGAAGAACUUGUAUAUUGGUGGUAUUAUCUAUUGAGAACAGUCGAACAUACUGAAGGAAUGAUAGGCGAAAAAAUACCACAGCAAAUUGUCCCGGGAAAUUCCGGAACACUAUAG